CCAGUUCGUAUGAAAUGAGAUCGUUUUGUAGACAUACGAAAUAGUGCCCAAAUGGCCAUAACUAUCGAUUUAUAUCCAUAUUUUGAUAAGUUUUAACGAAAAUGUUUUUGAAUUUGGUUUUGAGUUUGUUUAACGUACAUGUAAUGACUUCGUUGGACAUUUUAACGUUAACCAACAUUUGUUUGGGUCGCGGAAGGAUCUCCGUGCCACAGCUACUGUGAGUGGUGCGAAAUUUGAAAAUUACACUUUUAUGGACUAGCUAGCAAGCAUGUUAGCUAGUUGGAAAACGGUUGUUUUUUUUGUAGUCAUUUAGCUGGUAUGUUUUGCUAAGUCUAGUUGGAUUCAUAAGGGUGGAUAUUGUAGCGUUUCUAAAAAAAAAAAAACACAUUCUUAUUAAGGUGAAAGACCCCGCUGAAGUCGCUUGGAAUCCUUUCUGUUGUAGUUAGGUAAGUUAGAUCAUGGCCAGUUCAGAGCUGAAAAUGGACAACGUUGAGAGAACUGAAACCUUGAAUGAACAGGAGGCCUCUUGUCCUCCUCUGAGCAACAUCACAACACCUUUGGAAUCAUCCCAGCUCACACCCUCCCAACUGGAUAUCUCCCCUCAGAGCUUCACGCCAUCUUCUAACGUCAAAGAAAAAUCUCGCCUGGCUCAGCUGAAGGUUAAGCGGAGGUCCAAUGUUGGGGUACGGGGUUCACCGGAGACAAACUCCCUUAUCCGCUAUAUAGCCCAACAGAGGAUGAAAACUCCCCCCACAACCACACAGCCUACCCAAGCCAGAUCCUUCUCUCCCAGAUUCCCCUCUACUCUAAAGCAGAAGAUGGCUAUAUUCCAGAGCAUAAUGGCUGUGGAGGAGAAUGAGAAUGAAACGUUGCCACAACGGGACACUCACACCGGGGGAUGCAUCAACACAAGAGAUUUUCUGUCUGUUGAUGGGUGGAGCUGUGAUGAUGGCAGUGGUGGGAAGGAGAACAAGACCCCAGUGAGCCAGCCUCCCUUUCUAACUCCACCACCCAGUAAGGGGCGCUGCACAGCAGUCCUGCAGGGGAACGGUGUGGAGGAAAUUGGCGAGGCCAACACUCCUGUCCUCAAACGCACCGGCACCAUACUGAAGCAGCAACAAAACAAUGAGGUUGCCGUUGUCCAGAACAAGGACCAUCAUCCAGCUCUCACUGUAACACCCGGCGCACAGCCCCAGAAUGACACUGAGCUCUGUGGUGAGCUAGAACGCGCUAGUGUGUCCCUGCCACCAGCCCUGCAUACUAAUGCUGUGUCCCAGGUCACACGGGGUGAGCCCCAGUCCUCUCCUCUAAAGCAGAUUUGUACUCCCACCAAGGAGGAGCAGGACCAGGAGUGCUCCUUUGAAGUCCACAGCCCCAGCCAACCUCUGGUUGUGCAUUCAGGACCAGACAGGACAACUCUGUCCCCGCUGUUUGCCAUUCCAUCUCUUCUGGAGAUGAACCCCACAGAUGAAGCUGAUUCCUCUGGUGGUAACGUUACCUCAACUGUGAAGAGGAAGAAGCAGGUGCGUUUCGGGAUCCUGCUGCCCCCCGAGCUCUUUGACAAGAAGCUGCCCCCCAGCACCCCUCUACGGAAGGGGGGCACCCCAGGCAGGGUCCCAACAUCUGCCGGGGUGUCCCAGCUGAGGUCGCUGCUGAAGACCCCCCAGAGGACCCCUUUAAACCUGGCCCAGCCAGACUUCAGCAGCCCCUCUCUGACUGGAGCAUCCCCACUCCUCACUAGUGGGCCCUGCUGUGGGGAACAGAAGAGCGCUUACACUCAGGGAAAGAUCACUUUCCCUUCAAUGGACGAUGAUGUUGACAGUUCCUUGGACAAUGCAGAUUCUGCCUCGGUGCCUGACGCUGCCCCGGUGCCUGACGCUGCCCCGGUGCCUGACGCUGCCCCGGUGCCUGACGCUGCCCCGGUGCCUGACGCUGCCCCGGACCGUGAACCAGAACCAGACGCCACAGCACGCUCUCGCAGCAGAAAGAGAAAGCAACCAGAGGAGGAAAGUAAGCCUGUGAAGAAGAGAUCGACGCGUACGGCUGCCAAGUCUGCCUGUGGGAGGAUGAAGAACUUAGCAAAGCGUGGCUUUGGGAAGAAGGAGGUAAACCACUCUCUGUACGGGAAGAGAUCCUAUGCAUCCAAGAACCCCAACCUCAGCCCAAUCACGGAGAACCUGUCCUCCCUCAGCUGCUCCCCCACCCCUCAACACCCCCAAACCUGCAGACACACAGCCAAAAGAGGCUCCAGCCUAUUGGAAGAUGACAUUAACAGCGACCCAAUCACUGGAGUGGUCAUGGCUGCAGCCCUGUGGCAAAGCCGCCUGUGCCCCGCGGCCGGUGGGGUCUCACCAGAAGACCCCAUCCCAGCUGCAGAGCCCUCUGUUGGGCCUUCAGAAGCCCGCCAGGCCCCUGUAGGCUUUACCACAGGCCGCUCUGGGACUGGGAAAGCAGCACGGGCCGGGAGACGACGGUCAGGUCCAACAAAUACCUUCAGAACCAAAGAGCAGAAAGAACCGAGUGUUAUUAGAGGAGGGAGAAGGAAAGGCAGGAAGGUGAGUGUUCCUGUUGAUGACUGUCUCAGUGAAGAGCAGGUAGAGAACACUGAUGCUGAGCAAGACCCAACAGAAACAAACCAGGCAGAGGUUUCAGAGUCCAGCCCAGCCAAGCACACUGUACCUGGUGACCGAGAGGGUGAACCUAAUGCUCAGUGUACUUCAGACCCUGUAGAUACAGAUCAAUGCACUUGCACACUACCAGAUGCAGGUAGGAGUGGUGACAGUCCAGUUAGGGUAGACACUACACCCUGCCCCCCUACACACGAGAUUAGCGCCACAGUGGCUUCAUUAGAGCAGGAGGCAGUGAGCCAUGUAGAACCGAGACCAAACAAAGGCAAGCAGAGAGAAGCUCGGGGCCCGGGCCGCUCCAGGGGUAGAAGGAGCUCUAUAUACACAAGAUCAGUCGUAGAGGAGAGGGAGGAGGCGCAGGCACCCCAGUCAAACGGUCCAGAGGCAGUGGAGGAGAGCGGACAGGAGUUGGAGAAUGACAGCCACAGGUCAGAGAUGGAGCAGGGUAGCAUUACAGAACAGGCCUCCUUCCGAGACUCCCUCCUUCCCCCCUGGGCACAGGAAGAGUUCAGCAUCGAUGAUGUGCUGCGGCCUCUUCCCGGCAGGGGGCAUCGGUCUGUCCGCCGUAGCCUGAGGAACCAGAGUCAGAGCAGCACCCUUGAGGCCAGCGGCUCCGGCCUGGCCUGGCUGCCCCAAACCUCCCCAGACUCCAUCAGGGCUAUCCGCAGGAAGACCAGGGGCCGCCGCAGCUCAAUCCAGGCUCUACUGCCCCCUCCCCUGGAGUAAGUGAACCACAUGGACCGUUGAGCCGCUCGUAGCCUGUCGGCUACUGGACACUGACUGUGUCUGAAAUGGCGCCCUCUUCACUAUGUAGUGCAUAUUAUAGUGAAUAGGGUAGCAUUUGAUGCACACCUGCCUUUUUGACACUGUUAGAGAAGCUAAAUGGGAUGUGGUUCUCUGAGUUAAUUGUUUGUUGGGAGUUUUAUAAACCUUUUUUGUUUUUAGUCGUUAACUACUUGUCUAAAUAGAAUAAGGUCUUUAAUGUCCUUGAGCUGUCUGGCAGUUAUUUAGUUUUUUUUUUUUUAUGUUUACCUCCUGUAUCCAUUAAAUAAAAUGGGUAUUUUCCAAACCAUU